AUGACGGCUGAAAAGGUCCAGAAUCUUCCUCCACACAACACGCCGCCGCAUGAUCGAGAUGGAGAAGGCGACCAAGAGAAGAGAAGCACCGACCAAGGCGAGGAAGGCAGCACGACAACCACGGAGACCAAGAUACCGCCGGGCCGCAGCCGGGCCCAGACGGCCGUCCUGAUGCUGGCGCUUUGCAUGGCCGUCUUCCUCGCGGCGCUCGAUGCCGUCAUCAUCACGACGGCGCUGCCGACCAUCGCGCGCGAGGUCGGCGCCUCGGACUCGGGCUUCGCCUGGAUCGGCGCCGCGUACCUUCUCGCCAACGCCGCGUCGGUGCCGUUCUGGGGCCGACUCAGCGACGUCUUCGGGCGCAAGCCGAUCCUCGUCCUGGCCGACGCCGUCUUCAUGGUGGGCAGCGUCGCGUCGGCGCUCGCGCACGCGCCGGGGCCGCUCGUGGCGGGCCGCGCCGUGCAGGGGCUCGGGGGCAGCGGGCUGAUGGCGCUCGUCAACAUCACGGUGGGCGACCUGUUCAGCCCGCGGGAGCGUGGGGCGUACUUUGGUGUCAUCGGCGCCGUCUGGGGCCUCGCCAGCGGCAUCGGGCCGCUCAUCGGCGGCGGGCUGACGGAGGUCGUGUCGUGGCGGUGGUGCUUCUGGGUCAACCUCCCGAUCGCGGGCGCCUCGCUGGUGAUCCUCGUCUUCUUCUUGCACGUCCACGCGCCCAGGACACCCCUCGUCAAGGGGCUGGCAACCAUUGACUGGCUCGGCGCGCUCAUCUUCACGGGUGCGACGCUGAUGCUCCUCCUCGGGCUGCAGUUCGGCGGGGUCCGGGACCCCUGGGGCUCGCCGACGGUCGUUUGCCUCCUCGUCUUCGGCGCCGCCGGCUACGGCGUCUUCGUGCUGGUCGAGCGCUCGGCGCGGUACCCGCUGAUGCCGGGGUCGCUGUUCCGCAACCGGUCGGUGGUCGCCUGCUACGCGGCCGACUUCUGCCACGGGCUGGGGUUCGCGGCUGUGGCCUUCUUUCUGCCGCUGUACUUCCAGGCGGUGCUCGGCGCGGGGCCGCUGCAGUCGGGCGUGUGGCUGCUCGCGACGGCGCUGCCGCUGGCGGCGUGCACCGUGGGCGUCGGGGUCGCGAUCAAGCGGACGGGGCGGUACGUCGAGAUCGUGCGGGGGUCGAUGGCGCUGUCGGCGGUGGCGUUCGGGCUGUUCGUGACGCUGCCGGCGCGGCGCGACUGGCCGCGGCUGGUGCUGUUCCAGGUGGUCGCGGCGCUCGGGGUGUCGCCGAACCUACAGGCGCUGCUGAUCGCGGUGCAGGUGCAGGUGAGGCCGGGGGACGUGGCGGCGGGGACGGCUGCGUUCGCGUUCGUGAGGCACGUCGCGCUCGGGACGGGCGUGGUGGUCGGGCAGUUCAUCUUCCAGAGCGUCGUGGGCGGGCACGCCGGGAGGAUGGCGGAGGCCGGGGUGCCGCGGGAGCUGGCGGCGAGCCUCGGGGCGGGGUCGGCGAUCGCGGCGCACGGGGUGGUGGUCGAGGCGCUGGGGGAGGCCCAGAAGGGGGUCGUCAGGGCGGCGGUGGCGGACGGGAUCAGCAAGUUGUGGAUCUUCUUCUGCGUCGCGUCCGGGGUCGGGCUGGCGGCGACCUUCUUUGUGCGUCAGGUUGAGCUGAGCCGGGAGCACACGGAGACGCGGACGGGGUUGAAGGCGGAGGAGGCCCAGGCUGUCGAGGACGAGAGGACGAGGGUGAGGGCGACGAAGGGCGAGAGUGCGGUCUGA